CUGUCAUGGAAUUAGCCAAAAUGUCAGACAUGACAAAGCUCCACCAAGCUGUGGCUGCAGGGGACUAUAAUUCAGUGAGAAAGAUUUUGAAGAAAGGUCUCUGUGACCCAAACUACAAGGAUGUGGACUGGAAUGACCGGACCCCACUUCACUGGGCUGCAAUCAGAGGGCAAAUGGAAGUGGUGCACCUCCUGAUAGAAUAUGGAGCCAGGCCCUGCCUGGUCACCGAUGUGGGCUGGACCCCUGCUCAUUUUGCAGCUGAGUCAGGCCACCUGAAUGUACUCAGAACUCUCCACGCAUUGCAUGCGGCCAUUGACGCCCCAGACUUCUUCGGUGACACACCAAAGAGGAUCGCACAGAUCUAUGGGCAGAAAGCCUGUGUGGCAUUUCUGGAGAAGGCCGAGCCCGAGUGCCGGGACCACCGCCGCGCCGCCCUGCAGAGGGGGCUGCCUCUGGAUGAGCGGGACCGAGACUGGGACGCCAAGAAAAGGGAGCUGGAGCUGUCUCUUCCCUCCCAGAAUCGAAACACUAAUAAAAGGAAUAAGAAAAGCCAAGGCCCCCCCAGGCCCGGCAAUCCCAAGGACAGGAGACUGUGA